UUUUAUUUAUUUUUUUGAUUUCUCUUUCUUUUCUUUUAUUAAUUUUUUUUACCAUAUUACUCACAUUCUCUCUCUAGUCUCUGUUUUCAGACAGCUUUGGAAAAACCGGCUAGUGGUCUUUUAUUUUCAGACUGCAAAAAAUUAUAUAUUUUUAUUCUAUUUUCUAUUUUCUAUUUUCUGGCGUUCAUUUUCUCAGAAAACAAACGGGUUAUUUUUAAUUGUUUAUUUGUUUUCCUGUAUAGUUUUGACGAGUAGGACUACUGUUUGUUGAGCUCUGCUAAUGUGAAAAGUUAAGCUUAGUCACAGCUCUGAGCUAACCGGAGUGUGGCAGUUACAGUCACAGGUUAUGAUCUUUAUAUUUUUUCAGAUGCUAGUAACUGUGGUGUUUUUGUGAACUUGUUGGUAUAUGCAUGGAAGCAAGAGAAGGUAUAAGUUCAGGAGUGACAGUGAUAGGAGCUGAAGCUCCAUCAGCUUAUCAUGUGGCCCCAAGGAUGGAAAACCCCACUCAGGCUUCUGGAUCACCUCAGGUUGCUGCUUUACCAGUGAGUGUGGGAUUGGCUGAAACCACAGGGAAGAAGAAAAGGGGUAGACCCAGGAAGUAUGGACCAGAUGGGACAGUCACCAUGGCAUUGUCUCCCAUGCCCAUUUCGUCCUCUGCCCCGCCUUCUGGUGAUUUCUCAUCCGGGAAGAAAGGGAAAGCCCGGUCUGGAGAGUACAAGCAACACAAGAAACUUGGAGUGGAACAUUUUGGUGGUGAAUGGAAUACAAGCUCGCUUGGUACAAAUUUUAUGCCCCAUAUCAUAACUGUUAAUGCUGGCGAGGAUGUCACAAUGAAGGUUAUAUCAUUUUCUCAACAAGGACCUCGAGCUAUUUGCAUCCUAUCAGCUAAUGGAGUAAUUUCAAAUGUUACAUUGCGUCAACUGGAUUCUUCGGGGGGUACUUUAACAUACGAGGGUCGUUUUGAGAUACUAUCUUUAUCUGGAUCAUUCAUGCCCACUGAGAGUCAAGGAACAAGGAGCAGAUCUGGUGGGAUGAGUGUCUCUUUAGCAAGCCCCGAUGGUCGUGUUGUUGGGGGAAGUGUUGCUGGACUACUGGUGGCAGCUAGUCCUGUGCAGGUUGUGGUGGGCAGUUUUCUACCAAGCAGCCAGCAAGAUCAAAAGCUGAAAAAGCAUAAGACCGACGUAUUGCCUGGGAGUGUAGCACCAGCCGCCACCAUAGCUACUGCAAUGCCAGUUUCCAAUGCUGAAAAAGAGGAUGGCAUAAGUGUGCAUGGACACCAAAACUCUGGUAACCUGAGACCAAAUCUUUCUCCGUCUCCUUUCCAGAGAGAAAACUGGCCUGCCAUGAAUUCCAUGCAGGAUUCGAGGAAUUCAGCUACCGAUAUAAACAUAUCUUUGCCCGGAGGUUAAACUUGGACAAAUGGCCUCAAGCAGCCAAAGCCUUUUGCUGACCGACAUUGAUCACUGAUAUUGUUCUGAAUUGAGUCUCUCUGCCCUUAUCUCUAAAUUGCCUUUAAAAUUACUUAUGGAGCACCACCACCACAGGUUAUAGUAAGGGGUUGUAGUUUUCCAUCUCUCACUAAGGUUUAUACACUUUCUUAUCUGGUAGGAUAUCUGAUUUGUAGGCUCAUUUAGUAGCUCUCUUUAGCUGUUAUUAUCAGAAUUUAUGGAUGUAAGGACAAUUUAUUUCUUUUUUACGACUGAAUUAUUUAUUUGCCUAUUGGUGACAAUUUCCAAACUUUGAGUU